GCGUAUGGAAUAUCAUGACUUCAAGUUUAAGGACCCGCGGUUCGACCGUUUAUGGGCGAUGGAAGAGGAAGGGUUAGUGGUACAUAUCGUGCCACCUUGGGGGGACUUGGCAGAAGGGUAAGAAGGUUCAGUAUCAUGCUUUCCGUACCCAGGUUAUGCUUCCCUGUGGCUGGCUGGCUGGCUGGGAUUUCCUGUCCCUGUAUGGAAGUGUCUGGCUGCCCGUGCUGUUUAGGUUGUUUUACAUGUCGUUGGCGGUACCGGAAGUGCCGAAUUCCGGUGCGUCAUUCGAAACCGCUGGGCCAGACAUGACAAGCCGGAUCGUCAUCAACCGAUGUUCCCUGUGUUCGUCGGCCAAAUUUUCCGUCCCCGAAUUAGCUUCGUUUUGAUAGCCGGAGGGCAGCAACAUCAUAGCUCGGAUAUUCCGGUUCGGCUUUCUAUAGGGCUUCAAUGUUCAUCCAGAAUACGAUCGGAUCGAAAUGUUACCACAGGUCCGACGUCGAUUCUCCCAGUGCCGCAGGAUCCUAUCGAAGAAGGAGAGCUCUCUGGAUGGGUUUCAUCCUCGAUAAAUGUUGGUCUGUCGCUUUGGCAUCUGUACCUAGCUCUUACGUGCCCUUCCGAUAUCGUCGUUGUUCAAGUCGAUACCCCGUGGCCUCUUAAAGUACAAGAUUACGAGCAUGGAGGGUUUCCUUCGGGUAUGGUGUGCAGCUAUACCAUUCAGAAAUAUCUCAAAGGUACACCUACCUUGGGCGGUAAUGAAAUGUCUACAAGGGCACUACAUGCGAAAGCAUCCCUCCUGUGGGAACGUGCAACUGACUUGAUUAGGAAUUAGAAACCUGACAUGGCCCAAUAAGAGUCGAUUGACUUUUACGCGUCGUUGGCGGCCUACUUGAGAAACUAUGAAGUGACCUUCC